AAAGGUGAAGGAAGGUGAGGAGAAUUGUGAAAGAGAGAUCUGAGAGUUAGAAAGAAAAUGGGUUUGCAGAAUGGCGACUUAGAGAAGGAGGAGGAGGAGGUAACGGAAGCAACAUCAGGGGAGAAGGCGUUUGAGGGGAAGGCGGUGCCACGAUGGGAGAAACAAAUAACUGUGAGAGCAAUGGUAGUGAGUCUAGUGUUGGCAGUGUUGUUCACGUUCAUCGUCAUGAAGCUCAAUUUAACGACGGGAAUUAUUCCCUCGCUAAACAUAUCAGCAGGCUUGUUAGGGUUCUUUUUCGUCAAGAUGUGGACAAAAUUGGUCGCUAAAGCUGGAAUCAUAACGCAACCAUUUACUCGUCAGGAGAACACAGUUAUUCAGACAUGUGUUGUCUCAGCCAGUGGCAUUGCCUUCAGCGGUGGUUUUGGUAACUACAUCUUUGCAAUGAGUUCAGAAAUUGCAAAACAAUCUCCAGAAGAUAGCACUAAGCAGAAUAUUAAGGAACCAGGUUUAGGAUGGAUGAUAGCAUUUGUAUCUGUCGUUAGUUUUCUUGGCCUUUUUUCAGUGGUUCCACUUCGGAAGAUUAUGAUCGUAGACUUCAAAUUGACAUAUCCUAGUGGUACUGCAACUGCCCAUCUUAUCAAUAGUUUUCAUACAACAGAGGGUGCCAAAUUAGCUAGGAAGCAAGUAUAUGUGCUUGGAAAGUUCUUCUCCGUUAGCUUUUUAUGGGGUUUCUUCCAAUGGUUUUACGGUGCUAGUGAUGGAUGUGGAUUUAAAAGCUUCCCUACAUUUGGUCUAGAAGCCUAUGAAAAACAGUUCUUCUUCGACUUUUCGACUACAUAUGUGGGGGUUGGGAUGAUAUGCCCAUAUAUAAUCAAUAUAUCUCUUUUGGUUGGUGGAAUUAUCUCUUGGGCUAUCAUGUGGCCUCUCAUUGAAGAUAGAAAAGGAGAUUGGUACUCUGCAGAGCUCAAGCAAAAUAGUUUGCAUGGCCUUCAAGGUUACAAAGUUUUCAUAGCAAUAGCAAUGAUUCUUGGUGACGGCUUAUACAACUUUAUCAAGGUUCUUGGUCGUACUAUUUUUGGUCUGUAUAACCAAUUUUCAAAAAAAAACUUGGACACAUCUAGUGACUCACCUUCGUCGCUUUCAUAUGAUGAUCGGUGUAGAAUUGAUAUGUUCCUCAGAGACCAAAUUCCUGCCUGGUUUGCUAUUGGUGGUUAUGUUAUUAUUGCAAUAAUUUCUGUUGUUGUUGUUCCCUGCAUCUUCCACCAGCUCAAAUGGUAUUAUAUUGUUGUGAUUUAUGUGAUUGCACCAGCAUUAGCAUUUUGUAAUGCCUAUGGGUGUGGACUAACAGACUGGUCUCUGGCAUCCACUUAUGGAAAAUUGGCCAUCUUCACAAUCGGUGCAUGGGCAGGGGCCGCUCAUGGUGGUAUUCUUGCUGGUUUGGCUGCAUGUGGAGUUAUGAUGAAUAUUGUGUCCACAGCAUCUGAUCUGAUGCAGGACUUCAAAACAGGUUACAUGACAUUAGCUUCACCAAGGUCCAUGUUUGUGAGCCAAGUUUUUGGAACAAUCAUGGGAUGCGUUAUAUCUCCUUGUGUUUUCUGGCUUUUUUAUAAGGCCUUUGGAAACCUUGGAGUCCCUGGCUCACAAUAUCCUGCCCCUUACGCUAUUGUUUACCGUAAUAUGUCAAUAUUGGGAGUAGAUGGCUUCUCAUCUCUGCCAAAAUAUUGUCUACUCCUUUGUAGUGCGUUCUUUAUAGCAGCAAUAAUUAUUAAUCUUAUUCGAGAUUUGGUUGGAGAAAAGUGGGCCAAAUUUAUUCCUGUUCCUAUGGCUAUGGCAAUACCCUUUUAUAUUGGAAGUUAUUUUGCCAUUGAUAUGUGUGUGGGAAGCUUGAUCUUAUUUGUUUGGAAGAAGGUUGACAGGGUUAAGGCUGAUACAUUUGGAUCAGCUGUAGCUUCUGGUUUGAUUUGUGGGGAUGGGAUUUGGACACUUCCCAGCUCAUUUCUGGCUCUGGCAGGAGUGAAGCCACCUAUCUGCAUGAAAUUUUUGUCCAGAAAGGUAAAUGCAAAGGUGGAUGGAUUCUUAGGAUCUUGAGGCCACCCUGUUAAUUUUAUGUAUCUUUUUGUUUGAAGAUAUACAUUAAUUUUAGCAACUUUUUAGCUAGAUACUCUUACGUCAGUCAACCCCUCCGAUGUUUAGAUGUUACUGUGUAUGGACCAGACCUACUUUUAUCGGUUUCAUUUUGUGAAUUAACAUGAAUAUGAAGUGUUUCAACACGUACAGAACAUA